AUGUUUAUAGUCAUCAAACAUGGAGAUAAUCAGGAAUUUUUGGUCAACACCAAUUGUUCUAUCCUCCUGUUGCUCCAUUAUAUUCGCACUAAAAUGGGGUUAAGGAAAACAGACACCAUCGAUUUGUGUGAUGAAUCAGGAACUUUGAAGCUGCUUUUCCUGUCGAAGACCCCUACAGAAUAUGCCAGCAAAUUCCUCACAGUUCGAAACACCUACUACGUUUGUAAGGUGGAGCGUGGGGCUCCAGGAACCAGAAUUGAGAAUUCCUACAAAGUUGUUGUGCCUCUCCUGAAGCAUCCGGAACUUGAGCUGCUUGAGGCUCUUCGAACACAAUGUGACAUAUUAGAGAAGAGCCGAUUAAAGAUGCUUAGAGCCUUGGAAGCCAAGAAACUAGCUGCCGCUGAAUCUUCCACAAACGUCUCAGGAAGACUCCUCAAAGGCAGUACAUCCCAGCACUUUUCUCUCAGCCAGCAAAAGUCCAAGAUAGUGCGGACUGAUGAAGAUGGGACUCCUCUCCCACGUAGACCAAUCCUUAAGAACAGAUCAGACUUUGGCAGGAAGGAUCGACAUCGUUGA